AUGGCAGUAGACCCAUCUGUUGAACAAUUACCUUCAACACUUACUACACAGACAGAAAAUAAAAUAACAGACAAACAAAUAGACAUUAACAAAGACGAUAGAAAAGAGAUAGUUCAAACAACAACAACUAAUGACCCAUCACCAUUACGCAGGUCAACUAAACAACGAAAACUCAAAACAUAUAUAAUGGUAACGCUAAAAGCACUCAAAAAUAAUAAUAAUAAUAACGGUAAUUCAAAUGCAAAUAAAAUUCAGAAAACAAGAAGAAAAUUAUCAACAAUAGCUGAAAAUAAUAUCGCUAAUAAUAACAUAAAUUCCAUAAUCCCACUGAAUUCCCAAAAAGAUUCAAAUUCACAAAAAACGAGCCAAACUCAAAAUCAAAUAAACUUCGAUCGUAUCGACGUACAAACAGAUCCCAAAAAUCCUAAUUCACCCACUGCAGAUACAGAAAAUCCCGAAAAAGAAAAUACAACGUUAAACGAAACUCAAAACAAUUCAAAUCAAACAGUAAACGCUUCUUACAUAGAUGAAUCUGACGAUGACAGACAAAAUAAUGAUAGUAAUAAUCAAAUAGAUUCACAACAAUUAGAUUCAAAUACAAAAAAGACUAAUAAUAUAAAUAAAGCAGUAGCAUUGGGUAGUGAAAUUAACAAUGAUCAACCCAAUGACGGGGAAAAUGAUCAACAUAGUGACGAUAAUAACGAUCAACAGAGUGACGAUAAUAACGCUCAACCUACUAACAACAAUAACGAUCCACCCGAUGACGAUAACGACGACUCACCCGAAGAUGAUAAUGAUUCGGAUGAUAAUUCAACGGAUUCAGAUUUUUCGAAUAUUUCAGACGAUUUUAGUAACGAAAACAUAUUAGAAACAAAAGAUAAUUUAGAAAUGCAGAAAAAUAGUUAUUUAUGUUUUAUAAAUGCGGACAGUACAGUACAUAGCGAUAUCGGUAAGAAACUUAUAGAAAUGGGAUAUUUAAAUAAAUUAAAGCCAAAUAAUACAUAUAAAUUAGGCGAUAUAAUUAAAAUGGGUACCUCUAGGAAAAAGGUAGAAGACUUCGUACGCAAAUGCAUAAGUUGUCAGAAAAAGAAAUUAGUAAGAAUAAAAACAAAACAGCCGAUGGUAAUUACAGAUACCUCAGCGCAAAUUUGGGAUAAAUUAGCAUUAGAUAUUGUAGUUCUGAAUAAAACGUCAGCAAAUAGUUAUUCUUAUAUUUUAACCAUGCAGGACGAUCUUUCAAAAUUUUGCUUCGCAAUACCAUUAGUAACAAUGACUGCUAAAGACAUUGCAGAAGCCUUAGUAGAACAUUUUAUCUGUAAAUUUGGAUGUCCAAAAGUUAUUUUAACUGAUCAAGGUCAAGCUUUUAUAGGAAAAGUUAUGACUUGCUUAGCAAAAACAUUUAAAAUUAAACAAAUAAAAUCACCGCAUUUAGACCACAAGCAAACGGUGGUUAAGAAAGAAGUCAUCAAGUUCUAA